GUAUUUUUUAACCAAAUAAUUAUUAAUCUGUUAUUUUAAUAAUAAAUUUAUAAGUUGUGUUAUACCGCAUAUUGGUGAUUGUUGUUUGAAAAGGAAUUGAUUUGAAAUAUUAUUACAAACUGUGUAGAGUAAGUACGCGUCAGCCUUGAAGCUUCCUUUAUAAGCCGAGGAGAAACUUUCAGUCAACAGUGGUCUCUGAAUGUUCACCAAGACACUCCAACAUACAGAAAUGAACUCGGAAACAAUUGACUUGACUCUGCGAGUUGAAGAAGAACCAUCAUCAGCCGCUUCUUCUAAAAAAUUACCUAAACUGCCAACUACUACUUUUAUCAACAAACAUUAUCAACAUCAUCAACAGCAGCUGCAGCAGCAGCCGCACCAACAACCGCAACAACCUCAACAACAACAACAGCAGCAACAAGGACAGACUCCUACUACAUCAAAUACUGAUAGAUAAUGGAUUCAUCUUUUAGUCAAGCUAUGGAAAUAGACAGUGACUAUGAAAUGGAAGUAGAUCAAGAGGAGGAGGAGGAGAAAAAAAACUAUUAAAAAACUAUUAAAGACAAAAAAGCUAUUAUUAAUCCGAAAAAUAUUAAUGACAACAAAUGUUUUCAAUGGUCAAUUUCAGCUCGGUACAUACAAGGUGACCAUAAAGACCGCAUUGAUGAAAGGUACACAUCUAUUAUUAAUAAAUUUAAUUUUAAUGAUUUAGAUUUUCCAUGUCCUUUGAGACAGAUUAAAAAGUUUGAGAAGAGUAACAUAGGAAUUAGUAUAAAUGUUUACGGUAUUAAUAACAAUUUAGAAAUUUAUCCGCUUAAAGUUUGUGAAACGGAGUCUGAAAAUCAUUUCGAUUUGUUGUUGAUAUCAAAUAAUCAGGGGAAUAACCAUUACUGUUAUAUUAAAGAUUUUUCAAGAUUAGUUCGAUCGCAAAUUUCUAAAUCGACAAAAAAAUGGUAUUCUGUAAACGUUGUUUUACCCAUUAUUGUGGAAAUGAUAAAAUUAACAGAUUAAAAGUUCAUAUAAAAGAUUGUAAAAUUAAUAAACCGUUAAAUGCAAAAAUGCUUUUUGUUGACAAUGAAGAUAAUCCUUCAAUUUUAAAAUUUCAAAAUUUUCACUUUAAAUACAAAGUUCCUGUUGUUGCAUAUUGCGAUUUUGAAUGUAUUUUAAAAAAAGUUAAUGAACAACAGUCGCAAUAUACAUUAGUCAAUGAAAUUCAUGAACCUAUGAGUUUUUGUGUCUAUUUAGUUGUAGACAAAGAUUUACCAGAACCGAUAUCGUCUCAGUUGCCAAAUGAUCCUUAUCUUUAUAGAGGACCAGACGCUGCUUUAAAAUUUAUGGAUUAUCUCAUAUCAAUUGCAAACCUAAUUGCUGAUUUAAUUGAUGUUAAUAAUCCAAUGAUAUCGCUUACAAUUGAUGAACUCAAUCGAAUUCAAUCAAUUACUCACUGUGAAUUAUGUAAUUUAGAAUUUUCAAUGUUAGAUAAACCUGUUAGAGACCACUGUCAUUUUACUGGUCGUUUUAGAAACAUUGUUUGUAG